UUUACCUGUUUGAGAAAUCUUUUAAGCUCCAUGGAAGCUAUUCAGCUGUGCAAAAUGCCUGGGUGGCUGCAGUUUCUGUGCUUCUGAGCUUCAGCCUCACAGAGCACCUUUUACCUCACUCAGUUCCUUCAAACUAGUCAGCAGAAUUUAUUAAACAUCUGGAGGAACGGCGCAACUGCUGAGCUCAUUAUACGAGCUACUAUUCAGUGAAAGCAUUGUUAAAGUGUUAAUAGAGGAGCGAUGUGAUGAUAUCCUGAAUUUGAGAAAGAACAGGAAUUUUUAAAGAGAUAGAGAUCCCAUUUCAAGGCAUUAAAUUAUGAAGUCAAAUUUCUUAUAAGUCAUAUUUGAUAUCUGCAGCAUUUUUCUAAUAACUAAAGGUAACACAGUUACUUGAUUGUACUAUAAAGUGGCACUAGGUACCUGGAAAAUACAUAAUACCGUCCCUUUAAUAAAUUCUUGAAGUAAAAAUUUGUUGUAGAAGGCAAAAAUCCUAUUUCACUGGUCCAUGGUGUAGACUAAUCCUUCACUAAUCUAGUGUAAAUAAAUCGUAAUUUGGUUUUUCCAAUUAACCUAAAAAAUGCAGUGAGGACAUGAAGAAAGCAUUAUUGGUGGUUCUUAUGAUCUGAAGGUAAGGUGAAAAGAUUCUUAAUAAAACUACUAACUAAACAGUUUUUGAAGCAACAAAUCCCAAUCAUUUCCAUCUUUAAGUCCUAAUUGUAUUUGUAUCUUGUUCACUUUUUCAGACCAGAAAGGAAAAAUAACACAAACACUGAUCAGAUGAAAAUUGAUUAGAAAUCCAAACUUGGAAGGGAUUGGAUUCAACUUCUUUGAUUCAGCAGAUGGAGCAGAAGGUUAUUAGCAGAUCAAUAUUUGUCAGUAUGAGGUGAUUGGAUUAUUUUGGCUCAUUAACUCUUGUUUGCUUGAGUAAGUGCUGAAACCACUCAAUUAGAAAUACAAAGUGGUACUGAGCAUAUGCUGACCAGCAGCUUAGUUCACAGACGUCACACCAUCAUUAUAGUUUCUAAGUCUUUUUGGACUAAGUCAGACUUACAUUGAUUUGUUUACAUAAAACAAGUGACAUGAAGAAUGUUUUUCUUUUUGUUUUUAUCAUGAACUUAUGCCUUGAAUUGCUUCAUCAGAUGCAUGUUUCCAUUGUAAAACUAAAGAACUGAGAAAGUGGGGUUGGGCUUGUGUUUGAAGAAGUGUUGGGUUAUAAAAGGAGGCGACUCCUUUCACUCUGCCUCACACCAACCAGCUCUCAGCUGCCUCUGCUCUUCGUCUUCAUCAGAGCUUCACCUCCUCCUUAGACUCCUGACAAGUGAGUGAUUCUUCUCCACCUCUCCAGAUGACCUCCUCUUUGUUUUGCUGCUCUUGUCUAAAGAAUCUGUCUGUGUGUCUUCAGUUCUCCUCCAGCAUGGCAGCACUGUGGCUCCAGUCCUUCUCUCUGCUGGUCUUACUGGUUGUAUCGUGGCCCGGCUCCCAGGGCGUCGCACCGCCGCAGCAUCUAUGCGGUUCUCACCUGGUUGAUGCUCUCUACCUGGUCUGUGGGGACAGAGGCUUCUUCUACAGCCCCAAGAGGGAUGUGGACCAUCUCCUGGGGUUCCUCCCUUCAAAGACAGGCACAGGGUCGACUCACGGCGGUGAGAACGAGGUGGCUGAGUUGGCCUUUAAGGACCAGAUGGAGAUGAUGGUUAAGAGGACAGGCAUCGUUGAGCAGUGCUGCCACAGGCCCUGCAGUAUCUUUGACCUGCAGAACUACUGCAACUAAUCGGCAUGCAGACAGUCCAGGUGGAGCCAGUGACUGAGCGCAGCUUGAUUUGUUGGUUAAUUUAGAGUGAACCCCAUCCCAGCAGCGUGGAUCUCUUCUGGAGAACCGUCUGCAGUCAACGACGUGCUGAGAGAUGGAUUAUUUUUGCAAGAAAAUAAAGUUUUAUGAUUUGAGAC